AUGCCGAACCAUCGUUUGCCGAAGAGAGUACUGUUUUCCAUGCCCAAUUCGGAGUGGCGUAAACAGAGAGGUGGCCAACCCUUGACUUGGCAGAGGAGUAUGAAGGAGAUCACGAAACGCUUGGGUGCUGUCGGUGCUACUCGCCUUCCAGGAUGGGGACCGCCUGAAUGUGCUGCACGCAGGCCGCCUCAUGAUUCAGUUGGCACGAUAUUCGAGAUAUCGCAGUAUAUUUUCAUAAAGGAAACUACUCACAAGGUUGCUGAAAACUCUUCGACAGCCCAAGACCGGUUUCGCCCUUCUUGGGACUCAUCAGGUAGGCGCAAUCUCCGGGUCUCCGUCAACCUUAUGAUCUACUUGGACCCAAAGAUUUGUGUCAAAUAUGGACGACCCAGUGGCGGACAGUUGAUGAUUUGGAAACCAAGCAUGAAGUACUUUAACAGUAAACUCGAAACCACUAGUAAAUGCCGCCUUUUCCAACGGGGCCCACCAGAUAAGACAAAACAAAGCCCAACGACCCUGGCAGCUAUGGCUGUGUCACACAGCCACUUGUAG